AGCCGACCGCGGGCGGCGGGCGUAGCUGCUGCCUGAGCGCCAGCGCGGGCUGGUGGGCCCCGCACCAUUCCUGCUCCUCACCCGCCGCGCCCUCGGACAUGGUGGCCCCCGGCUCUGUGACCAGCCGGCUGGGCACGGUGUUCCCCUUCCUGCUGGUCCUGGUGGAACUGCAGUACGAAGGUGCUGAAUGUGGAGUAAAUGCAGAUGUUGAGAAACAUCUUGAAUUGGGCAAGAAAUUACUUGCAGCUGGACAGCUAGCUGAUGCUUUAUCUCAAUUUCUUGCCGCAGUAGAUGGUGAUCCUGAUAACUAUAUUGCAUACUAUCAAAGAGCUACAGUCUUUCUAGCUAUGGGAAAAUCGAAAGCAGCACUUCCUGAUUUAACUAAAGUGAUUGAAUUGAAGAUGGAUUUCACUGCAGCAAGAUUACAGAGAGGUCACUUAUUACUUAAACAAGGAAAACUUGAUGAAGCAGAAGAUGAUUUUUAAAAAGUGCUCAAAUCUAAUCCAAGUGAAAAUGAAGAAAAGGAAGCCCAGUCACAACUUCUCAAGUCUGAUGAAAUGCAACGUUUGCGUUCGCAAGCACUCGAGGCUUUUGAAAGUGCAGAUUAUACUGCUGCUAUAACCUUCCUUGAUAAGAUUUUAGAGGUUUGUGUUUGGGAUGCAGAACUACGGGAACUUCGAGCUGAAUGUUUUAUAAAAGAAGGAGAACCUAGGAAAGCUAUAAGUGACUUAAAAGCCACAUCAAAACUGAAGAAUGAUAAUACUGAAGCGUUUUAUAAAAUCAGCACACUGUACUACCAACUAGGAGACCAUGAAUUAUCCCUCAGUGAAGUUCGUGAAUGUCUAAAACUUGAUCAGGAUCAUAAAAGGUGUUUUGCACACUAUAAACAAGUAAAAAAACUUAAUAAGCUGAUUGAAUCAGCUGAAGAGCUCAUCAGAGAUGGCAGAUACACAGAUGCAACCAGCAAAUAUGAAUCUGUCAUGAAAACAGAGCCCAGCAUUGCUGAAUACACAGUUCGUUCAAAAGAAAGGAUCUGUCACUGCUUUUCUAAGGAUGAGAAGCCUGUUGAAGCCAUUAGAGUAUGUUCUGAAGUUUUACAGAUAGAACCUGACAAUGUGAAUGCACUAAAAGAUCGAGCAGAGGCCUAUUUAAUAGAAGAAAUGUAUGAUGAAGCUAUUCAAGAUUAUGAAGCUGCUCAGGAACACAAUGAAAAUGAUCAGCAGAUUCGGGUAGGUCUAGAAAAAGCACAGAGACUAUUGAAACAGUCACAGAAACGAGAUUAUUAUAAAAUCUUGGGAGUAAAAAGGAAUGCCAAAAAGCAAGAAAUCAUUAAGGCAUAUAGAAAAUUAGCACUGCAGUGGCACCCAGAUAACUUCCAAAAUGAAGAAGAAAAGAAAAAGGCUGAGAAAAAGUUCAUUGACAUAGCAGCUGCUAAAGAAGUUCUCUCUGAUCCAGAAAUGAGGAAGAAGUUUGAUGAUGGAGAAGAUCCCCUAGAUGCAGAGAGCCAACAAGGAGGUGGUGGAAACCCUUUUCUCAGAAGCUGGAACUCAUGGCAAGGGUUCAAUCCCUUCAGCUCAGGCGGACCAUUUAGAUUUAAAUUCCACUUCAAUUAAACCAACUGUUUUUCUGCUC